AUGGUACACUCGUCAGAAAAUUUUCAGAAUGAUUCGCCGCCAUCUUCUUUCUCGCUGGGUCUCUCAUCCUUCCAGACUUUACUUCAUGGUAACCCCUCCUAUCCCGCUCGCUUUUUGUCCGUUUCCCGCUCUCCCCUUGCUCUGCUGUCGGCUAGCCUGCCUUCGACAGACAGAAAAAAACUUGGACACAAGAGGGAUAUAGAGAUACAAACUGUAAAGAUUGUCAAGGAAUUCACCCAUUUGAUGUCAGUGGACCUCUAUUCAUUCUAUGAAGGACUAGAUGGAAAUCUCCAGAAACUGCUUCUGCUGUAUAGGUCAAGGCGUUUUGAUGGAAAUAAGGAAAUGAUGGCCUUGCUGGACAGUCUUGACAGGGAUCCAUCAAACCAAAGAAAAAGAACAGCUGUGUUGCUGGGUCUACCAUGUUGCAUGAAAGAGAAACUUUUCCCGCUCUUAAAGAUGUGUGAGCCAACAGACUGUGAAGAUGAUCUCAUCAAGGGAAUGCUGGCAGGAAUCCUUCUUGUCUUGGAAGAUGUGAGUGAACCACUUCCGUCCUCCUACCAGGAUGUUGCCAUUGUGCUUGAGGCAAACAUUGUGAUUCGUCACCUAUGUGAUCUACCCAGCGCUUUUAUGACACUGAUGGGACUGAUGUAUGUACUGAACUUGAACUAUCCCAAGGACCUAAAAUACACUUUUGAAGUAAUCCAGCGUCUUUUCUUGGGAAUUGGAAGCGACUCGUGCUCUGCUAGGGUCCAUUCCUUAAAAAAUACCCUUUUCAAAUGAAGUGACUCUGUUCAUAUGAACCAAGGACUGCUGUGUUUUUGUCCUUUGAAGAAAACCGUUCUUUCCCUUUCAGGUUGAGUUGAAGUUAAGAUACAAAUGUAAGCAUGGCAAGUUGUACAACUUAGGAAUAUUAUUGUAACUUGUUUCUUGGAGUUUCCCAUAAGGCAUUAUUGAAUGCUCAUAAAUCCAUAACAUUGAACUCAGAUGCUCUGUUUAAUGUAGUGUCUGUUUGCAUCUGUUUGCUAAAACAUCUGAAAUGAAACAAACCAGUAUGUAUAAAAAGUUCAGUUAAAUUUGUUAUUCUCAUAAAACAUUUCACUUUGGAGGAUUUCUUAGAGGUUUGGGUAGAAUACGAUAUUUUUAAACCAGAUAGUCAUACAGAAAUUAAGUGCACUAGUUUACUCAGGCAUUGUUACAGAAAUGCACAUCUUUCAAUGUGAAUGGUAAGUGUAUUUUCUGUGUUUGUUACUUGCUUAAAAUAUGUUUAAACAAGUAUGAAAAUAUUUAAAACCUUUAAAAAUGUCUAACAGGUUUUGUGUCUUAGAAAAACCUCAGAACAAAUUUGAUUUUGCUUUUCAGUAGUUAAUUUAUACAACAAUGUCUUCUUGUUAGAGGGUUUGUUUUUUCUCAUCACUGUCCUUGAGAAACAUUCAAAAGUAUAUUGGAAAAAAAAUUUUCAAAAGAAGUUAGAAAGAAAAGUAUUUUCUGUUUUUUAGUGGAAACUUGUAAAACAAUAUUUUUGCAUUUAUUUUUGAAAAAUGACCAGGUUUGAAUAAAAUCUUGUUCAUAAAA